UGUGCCCAUGAACGGAUCGCACUGAACCACUCGCACGGAGCUCUCUCUCUCUCUCUCUCUCUCUCUCUCUCUCUCUCUCUCUGCAGCACCAUGGUGUGGAAGAGGAUGAGCGGCGGCGGCGAGUCGCCCGCCCGGGGUGCCGGUGCCGGCGCCGACGAGGAGGAGAAGGUCCCCAGGGGGCACGUCCCCAUGGUCGCCGGCGGCGAGGGGGAAGGCGAGCGCGUGCUGGUGCCGGUGAGGCUGCUCAGCGACCCUUCGGUCGCGGAGCUGCUGGACAUGGCGGCGCAGCGGUACGGCUACGGCCAGCCGGGCGUGCUGCGGGUGCCCUGCGACGCGGGGCACUUCCGCCGGGUCCUCGACGGCGCCAUGCACAGAUAGAUGAGGGACCAGCUCGGCCUGAAAACGCUGGGGAUCCCCGCCCCUUGCGGCCGGCGAGCUAGCUGUACCCUGUACUGUACAUUGACUUAUUUUAUCUGUGCCCAGAUAGAUGAUUAGUUUGUACUUUUGCUAGAUCGAUCAAAUUCUUUGAUGAAUAUACGAUGAUGGCUUACAGA